CUCUCUAUAGCAUAGAUAUUCUUAAUGAAAAUUCCAACACCUAAAUAUAUACACAUAGAUAUACGCACGGAAUGACAAGUAUCAUAGUUAUAUAAAAGCGUGAAAAUUGUUCACUGAUCAUAAAAUAAACUAUGAAACAUUGAACAGAUUAAUAAUCAUGUUAUGAUUAACAGACAAUCGAAUUAUUUCUAUUUAAUUAUCAAUUUGUACAUAAUUCUGAUGAAGUUUUACCCAGUAAACACAAAACCGGGAUGAUAAAAAUAUUAGAUACAGAGAAUAAUUCAUGACUGAAUAAAAUGAAAAUAAUGUACAACGGUUGGAUAUGGCGAAAAUAUAAUUCCCUUAUAUUUAUUGUAUUACUUACUGAACUUUAUAAAUAUUUAUGCAAAUAUUAUUAUCCAGAUUUUUUGUAUAUCAAUUUUCUGAAUGGAGUUAAUGGUCAAUUAAAUCUUUGGGUAGAUCGUCAAUUAGUAAUACAGAUUAUUGAAUCAAUGCCACAUAAUCAAAAUAUCCCUAGUAAAUUACGUUGUCCAAGAAGAUUACCUGAAAUUCAUCGACAUAUACCCGAACAUUUGUUCCUUGUUUUCAAUGGACUACUUUUACACGAAGCACUGGAUCGCAUUUCAUUAUCUGCCCAUAGACCUAUCCCUCCACGCAUUGAUAUGUUGCGCGUUAAGUGGAGAGCUGGUUUUGAACGUUUAACUUACAAUAUUGAUUUGAAGUCAAUGAACCAUACACUAUUGCAUACUCCACUUCUAAAUAUUGCCAAAUCUGGUUAUAUACCAGCUACUCAAUCAGAUGUACAAAUUUCCCUACCAUGUACUGGAAGAUUUACUGGUAUAGCUCCAUUUCAAGUAAGAUUAGAUGUUCAAAGAGAAUUUGAAGGUUUAAGAAAAAUUCCACCAAUUUCAUUUAUCGUAUACAAAUAUUGUCUUAGUGCAUCUCAACACACGCGAUUCAUUAUCAAAUGCGAAUGUCGCGCUCAAUGCUUACAAUCAAACACAUACAACCACCGACAUCCAAUUCGAAAGCGCUGUAUCCGACGUUGCAGAAAACGUUUUGGACUAAAUAAUCCAAACCCGAGACAGAAUAAAUGAAAACCAAUAUUCGAAGGACAAAGACGAAGACAUUGUAGAGAACUAGUUUUUCAUUUUGACAGUUAUCAACAUACAUGAUAAAUUUUUUAAAACUGAUAAACAUUUAAGUGCUUCUGAAAAACCUAACGUAAUGAAGUUCCUCUUUUCCAAAAAUUGGAAAUUAAAUCUAUCAAGAUUUACUUUAGAUAAUAUUAUACCUGUAGCACGAAUCUAAAAGUGUAACAAUAGUGAUAUCUCAAUAACCUAAAUUCAAGGUGUGAACAUUAAUUGUUAUUAAAUUAAUUAUACUACUUUUAACUAACAAAUAGUAUAACUGUCGUUUAACAAGCUGCAGAGCAGAAAACAUGGGC